AUGCCCGAUCCCAAGCCCGUUCGCGACGAGCUGCCGGAUGCAGAUGGAAAAACCGAAACUUACAGGGCAGCAAAUAAGCUCGCAGGCAAAAGAGCACUCAUUACUGGCGGAGACAGUGGCAUAGGAGCAGCUACUGCAGUGCUGUUCGCGAAGGAAGGUGCCGUAGUGACGAUUGUGUAUCUUCCUGAAGAAGAACAAGACGCGCAAGAUACAAAGAAGCAAGUUGAGGCUCUUGGGAGAAGCUGCCAUCUGUUCGCCACGGAUCUUGCCAAAAGAGAGAAUUGCCAGGAUGCAGUCAAUUUCGCCUUGGAAAAGAUGGGUGGAAUCGACAUUCUUUUUAACAAUGCGGCCUAUCAAAUGAUGGUUGAAAACAUACUCGACUUGCCAGACGAACAGUGGAUUCAUACUUUCAACAUCAACAUGCACUCAUAUUUUUUCAUGGCCAAAUACUCAAUCAAGCAUAUGAAGCGCGGCGCUGUUAUUAUUAACAAUGCUUCAAUAAAUGCAUACAUCGGCCGGCCAGACUUGUUGGAUUACACCUCCACUAAAGGAGGGAUCAUUUCCUUCACAAGAGGAUUGAGCAACCAAUACAUCUCAAAGGGCAUUCGAGUUAAUGCUGUCGCCCCAGGGCCAGUGUGGACUCCCUUAAUUCCGGCAACAAUGAACGAAAAGGCCCAAAAAGAAUUUACCAGUCCCAUGGGUCGACCAGCCCAGCCCAGUGAAAUAGCGAGCUGUGUUGUCUUUCUCGCCUCAAUGGACAGCUCUUGUAUCAGCGGGCAGACUAUACACUGCAAUGGAGGAGUUGUGGUGAAUGGCUGA